GCUGGGGUGGAGAGUUGUGCGCCGGUCCCUGGGCCUGAGCUCGGGCUCGGGCUAGGGCGCCUGCGAUGUCUCAAGAUGGCGGAGCUGGGCGAAUUAAAGAAAGGAGUCCUUCCAAGGAGCGAGCUCUCUUCCCGCUGCCACAGAGUCUUGAGCGUAACUACAUCUGAGGACAUGGAACUUCAACCACUGGUCCUGCACAUGGUGAUGAGUUUCCGGGUGUCUGAGCUGCAGGUGCUCCUUGGCUUUGCUGGCCGGAACAAGAGUGGACGCAAGCACGAGCUCCUGGCCAAGGCCCUGCACCUCCUCAAGUCCAGCUGUGCCCCCAGUGUCCAGAUGAAGAUAAAGGAGCUUUACCGCCGACGCUUUCCCCGGAAGACCCUGGGGCCCUCUGACCUUUCUCUGCUCUCUCUCCCGCCUGGCACCUCUCCUGUAGGCUCCCCUGGUCCUCUAGCUCCCAUUCCCCCCACCCUGUUGGCCCCUGGCACCCUGCUGGGCCCGAAACGUGAGGUGGACAUGCACCCCCCUCUGCCCCAACCUGUGCACCCUGAUGUCACCAUGAAACCAUUGCCCUUCUAUGAAGUCUACGGAGAGCUCAUCCGGCCCACCACCCUCGCAUCCACUUCUAGCCAGCGGUUCGAGGAAGCGCACUUUACCUUUGCCCUCACACCCCAGCAAGUGCAGCAGAUCCUCACGUCCAGAGAGGUUCUGCCAGGAGCCAAGUGCGAUUAUACCAUACAGGUGCAGCUGAGGUUCUGUCUCUGUGAGACCAGCUGUCCCCAGGAGGAUUAUUUCCCCCCCAACCUCUUUGUCAAGGUCAAUGGGAAACUGUGCCCCCUGCCGGGUUAUCUUCCCCCCACCAAGAAUGGGGCCGAGCCCAAGAGGCCCAGCCGACCUAUCAACAUCACACCCUUGGCUCGACUCUCAGCCACUGUUCCCAACACUAUUGUGGUCAACUGGUCAUCUGAGUUUGGACGGAAUUACUCCUUGUCUGUGUACCUGGUGAGGCAGUUGACGGCAGGGACCCUUCUACAAAAACUCAGAGCAAAGGGUAUCCGGAACCCAGACCACUCCCGGGCACUGAUCAAGGAGAAGUUGACUGCUGACCCUGACAGUGAGGUGGCCACUACAAGUCUCCGGGUGUCACUCAUGUGCCCGCUCGGGAAGAUGCGCCUGACUGUCCCUUGCCGUGCCCUCACCUGUGCCCACCUGCAGAGCUUCGAUGCUGCCCUUUAUCUACAGAUGAAUGAGAAGAAGCCAACGUGGACAUGUCCUGUGUGUGACAAGAAGGCUCCCUAUGAAUCUCUGAUCAUUGAUGGUUUAUUCAUGGAGAUUCUUAAUUCCUGUUCGGAUUGUGAUGAGAUCCAGUUCAUGGAAGAUGGAUCCUGGUGCCCAAUGAAACCCAAGAAGGAGGCAUCUGAGGUUUGCCCCCCGCCAGGGUAUGGGCUGGAUGGCCUCCAGUACAGCCCAGUCCAAGAGGGGAAUCCAUCAGAGAGUAAGAAAAAGGUUGAAGUUAUUGACUUGACGAUAGAAAGCUCAUCAGAUGAGGAGGAUCUGCCCCCGACCAAGAAGCACUGUCCCGUCACCUCGGCUGCCAUCCCAGCCCUACCUGGAAGCAAAGGAGUCCUGACGUCUGGUCACCAGCCGUCCUCGGUGCUGCGGAGCCCUGCUAUGGGCACGCUUGGUGGAGAUUUCCUGUCUAGCCUUCCCCUACACGAAUACCCACCUGCCUUUCCACUGGGAGCUGACAUCCAAGGUUUAGAUUUAUUUUCUUUCCUUCAGACUGAAAGUCAGCACUAUGGUCCCUCCGUCAUCACCUCGCUAGAUGAACAGGAUGCCCUUGGCCACUUCUUCCAGUACCGGGGGACCCCUUCCCACUUUCUGGGCCCACUGGCCCCCACGUUGGGGAGCUCUCACCGCAGCUCCACUCCAGCACCGCCCCCUGGCCGUGUCAGCAGCAUUGUGGCCCCUGGGGGAGCCUUGAGGGAGGGGCAUGGAGGACCCCUGCCCUCGGGCCCUUCUUUGACUGGCUGUCGGUCAGACAUCAUUUCCCUGGACUGAGUUCCUUGGAUCAUGGACCCUUUGCUGGCCCCAGCGCUGAGCAAGUGUGCUGCGGAGCCCCAGCUCCCAGUCACAGACCCCUCAAGGGCUUUGGCCAAAGGCCAGAUAGACCUUCCUGGAUACCUACCUGCGGCCUCAUCUCUGCCUAAGGCCAGCACACAAAGGGUUAAUAUUUAACCUGUUUUUAAGGACAUUGGGGUUUAUUUUUGGCAGUGUUCCUUAGAUGAGGGGACACAAUCCCCUGGGUAUGUUAACCUAAGCAAUGGGAAGCGACUAGGAGGGGAUGUGAGUUGGGGGAGGGGCUGAGUUCUCAGCCUUGACUGUCUGUAGCCUCAUGGGGAAGGGCCCCGAUGCCCUCUCCUGACGGUCAUUAUCUUCAUAUCCAUUCCAUUCCGUGUGGUCACAGACAGGUGGAGAAACUGAAACAGGCAGUUUCCAAGACAGAGAACUCUAUUUUGGGUUGCAGAUUUUUUGUACAUAAACAAGAAAAACGAAAAUACUCCAAAGAGGACUUCCCCUGCCUCCUCCUUCCUAGUGUGACUGAGGCAAAGAUAAGGCCUUAGCAUGAUCCCUAGCGUUUCUGGGAGCAGGGCCUGCCCUAUUGCCUGGGUCGCUAUUUAUGUAUUUAAAUUCACAGUGUUUCUUAGCGCUGACCAGCCUAGGGCCUAAGCUUCUAAGGGUCCAUGGCCCUGUGGUUAGGCCUGGCCGUUCUGCACCUUUCCUGGGAGGUGGGAGCACCCUCAUGACCUCCUUCCCAAUCUUUUCAUUAGGCUCCUCUAGGGCCUGAGACCUAUUUGUAAUAUUCCUUUUUAUUCCCAAAGUUGUAGCAAAAUUCUCAUCCAUAAUAAAGUUUGUGAAUGUCU